GGUCCAAGUGGUGCGCUAUCAAAGUUUUGUUCAAGUGCUACGAGCCGCCUCCCCCCCUACUCUCUCAGAUUCGGUUACGUAUCGGCGAGCAACGGUCAAAAGCGUUAUUACCAAAUACACAACAGCACUAAGCUAAACCGCACAAUGAAGAAAUUUUUAGUUGUGUUUGUGGCAUUAUUCGGAGCCGCUGUGGCCCAACAGAGCUUCAAGUGCCCCGAUGACUUUGGCUUCUAUCCACAUGAGACAUCCUGCGACAAAUACUGGAAGUGCGACAAUGGCGUCUCCGAGCUGAAGACCUGCGGCAAUGGUCUGGCCUUCGAUGCCUCAGACUCCAAGUUCCUCACCGAGAACUGCGACUAUCUGCACAAUGUGGAGUGCGGUGACCGUUCAGAGCUGGAGCCCCCAAUCACCACGCCUCACUGUUCGCGUCUGUACGGCAUCUUCCCCGAUGAGAACAAGUGCGAUGUCUUCUGGAACUGCUGGAACGGCGAGCCAUCCAGAUAUCAGUGCUCACCCGGCCUGGCCUACGAUCGUGAUGCACGCGUCUGCAUGUGGGCCGAUCAGGUGCCCGAAUGCAAGAACGAAGAGGUUGCCAAUGGCUUUGCCUGCCCAGCCGCCGGUGAGCUGGCCAAUGCUGGUUCCUUCUCCCGUCACGCACAUCCCGAGGACUGCCGCAAGUACUACAUUUGCUUGGAGGGCGUGGCACGCGAAUACGGCUGCCCCAUUGGCACAGUGUUCAAGAUUGGUGACAGCGAUGGCACUGGCAACUGUGAGGAUCCCGAGGACGUUCCCGGCUGCGAGGAUUACUAUGGCGAUGUAGACCUCAAAGCUUUAAAGAAAUUGGGCUUUUAAAUAAAACAAAACAAAAAAUAUAUAAAGCACACAAAAGCCAAGGCAAAUAUCCUGAAAUCGUGGCGUAAUGAGCAAGAAGCCAGCAGCCAGGAGCCAGGAGCGAGUAACCAGAAGAAGCCGCCAUAAUAGCGGGUUGAAAAGGCUUGCCACACAGCGUUAAGUAUGCAUAAAGAAUAUUAAGAAAUACACACACACACACACACACAGCCACACACACACACGUAUUGUUAAACAGUUGACUUUAAAGACUGAACAAAAGUAGAGACAGCGAAGCCUUAAAAAACAAUAACAAACGCAAUGAAAGAGCCCAGAAACCCGCAUAAUGAAAGCAAAUUGAAUAACUACAAAGUAUUUAGUAACCAAGACAAUAGAUUAAAGACAAAAACCCAAAACCUAAAUCUGUAGAAUAUAUUGUUAAAGGCAUAUAUUUGGCUUCGCGAGCAUGCGGAAACCACAGCAAAGUCCUAGUUAUUACAAGAGCCAAAAGUUAAAGCAGUAAAUGGAAGCAAAGUCAAAUGAAAACUUAACUUAUUAACCAAAUGUCAAAGAAAUAAACAUAAACAAAUACACAGCCGAAGCACAUGCAUUGUAUAUAUAGCUGCGAAA